CAAAGCGCCUGUUUUUUACAAUUACUCUCAUCCAUCCUUCAACCCGCUCCCUUUUUUUCUCAACAACCUUUUACCGUAUCUUACCCAACGAUGAAUGCGACUGAACUACUUGCCAAUACGUUGUCUCCUGACGCAACUACGCGUCAGAAUGCCACUGAAAAACUUGAAAAUGCGUCGAGAGAGAAUUACCCCGAGUACAUGCUCAUGCUAUCGUCUGUUUUGGCCGACGAGAAUUCUCAAUUACACGUCCGAAAUGCUGCUGGUCUUGCGCUGAAGAACGCAUUAAGUGCUCGAGAAAGUGCACGGCAAACGGAAUAUUCCAAUAGAUGGUUGAAUUUGAGUUCUGAUGCAAAGGCAAAGAUCAAGCAAGAGUCUUUGAUGACUCUCGGCUCAAGCAGCUCAAAAGCUGGAACGUUUGCUGCCCAAGUGGUCGCAGCUAUCGCUGCUGUGGAACUUCCUCAGGGCCAGUGGAACGAAUUGAUCGAAGUGCUAUUGGGUUUUGUCAACAACCAGCCCAGUGCGAAUCUCAAGAUCGCUACCCUCCAAGCAAUUGGAUUUAUCUGUGAAUCGAUAAAACCAGAUAUCCUGGCCCUACGCUCGAAUGAGAUCCUCACCGCCGUCAUACAUGGCGCACGAAAGGAGGAAACGUCGCCUGAUGUUCAACUUGCUGCGAUUCACGCUCUCUUCAACUCACUCGAAUUCAUUCGCGAUAAUUUCGAUAGAGAGGGAGAAAGAAAUUACAUCAUGCAAGUCGUCUGUGAAGCUACCCAGAAUCAGUCUGUGAAUGUCCAAAUUGGUGCUUUCGAAUGCCUGGUGAGGAUCAUGGACCUGUAUUAUGAUAAGAUGGCACUAUACAUGGAGCAAGCCCUGUUCGGCUUGACCGUGGUUGGGAUGAAGCACUCUGAAGAGCGCGUUGCACUGCAAGCUGUUGAAUUUUGGUCGACUGUCUGCGAGGAAGAAGUCGAACUUGCACUCGAAGCUCAGGAGGCCCAGGAGUAUGGCGAACUACCUGAACGUGAAUCCAAAUACUUUUCCAAGAUUGCGCUCCCCGAAAUUGUUCCUGUCCUGCUUAUGUUGCUCACCAAGCAAGAAGAAGACGCUGAUGAAGACGAAUGGAAUGUCUCUAUGGCCGCGGGAACUUGCCUCACUCUUCUCGCGGGUGCUGUUGCCGACGCAAUUGUACCAGCUGUUAUCCCAUUCAUUGAAGCUCACAUCAAGGCUGAGGACUGGCACCAUCGUGAAGCAGCAGUCAUGACCUUUGGCUCAAUUCUCGAAGGCCCUGACCCCAGUGUCCUGACGCCUCUGGCCGAGCAAGCACUUCCACUUCUGAUUAAUAUGAUGGCUGAUACCAACAUACACGUCAAAGACACCACGGCGUGGACUUUGGGUCGCAUCUGUGAUAUCCUGAUCACCGUCAUCAAACCAGACGUCCAUUUGCACCCAUUAAUUUCCGCGCUGGUAGGUGGUCUCCAGGACAAUCCCAGAAUCGUUGUGAAUUGCUGUUGGGCCUUGAUGAAUUUGUCCGAUCAACUUGGUAUGUUCUAUGGUGGCGAGGAUGAAGCCGAUACACCGGCCACCGGACCACUUUCUCCGUACUACGAAGGAAUAGUUCAAGCUCUUCUCCACGUUACCGAAAGCUCUAGCAACGAGUCCAACUAUCGAACAGCAGCAUACGAGGCUAUCACUUCGUUCCUUACGCAUGCUGCAAAUGACGUUCUUGGUGUAGUGGAAACCACAACGGUGACUAUCCUUCAGAGAAUGGAGCAUUUACUUAGCGUGCAGAAUCAAAUACUUGGUGUGGAUGACCGCAACAACUGGAAUGAGCUUCAAAGCAACUUCUGCUCGGUUAUCAUUUGUGUCAUUCGGAAACUUGGAAAUGGCAUACAACCAUUAGCAGACCGAAUCAUGACGGCCGUUUUACAAUUGAUUCAAUCUGCAGGCAAAACAUCGACCGUCCUCGAAGAUGCUUUCCUAGUUGUAGGAUCCUUGGCGUCAGCGUUGGAAACCCAAUUCUCCCCAUACAUCUCUGCGUUCCUGCCGUUCCUGUAUCCUGCCUUGAAAGCCCAUGAAGAUACUCAGCUGUGCACAGUAGCUGUUGGAAUUAUUGGUGAUAUUUCUCGUGCUUUGGGUGACCAAAGCGCACAAUAUGCCGGACCAUUCAUGACUGUGCUUCUGGAAAACCUUCAAAGUGAUGUUCUUAACCGGAAUGUCAAGAUCGUUAUUUUGUCGUGCUUCGGGGAUAUCGCUCUCGCCAUCGGUCCUUCAUUUGAGCCCUACCUUGAGACGACGAUGAACGUUUUGCGACAAGCUGGCGCCGUUCAACCAAACCCUCUGGACUACGACCUUAUGGACUAUGUUUCUCAAUUGCGCGAAGGUAUACUCGAGGCAUACACCGGCAUUGUCACUGGGUUGAAGAACACAAACAAAGUCAAUCUACUUCUACAGCAUGCCCCCAGCGUAUUAGAAUUGAUUCAACGUUGUCUCACUGACGAUGAGAAGACUGAGUCACUGGUAAAAUUGUGUUAUGGACUACUCGGAGAUCUUGCCGAUUCGUUCCCCGGAGGUCAAUUGAAGCAAUUGCUGUUGCAGCCGUGGAUCGCCUCCGAACUCAAAGCCAGACACCGCAUGAACCAAGACGUAAAGAAGACCAUGCGUUGGGCUCGAGAUAUGGUCAAGCAAGCGACGCAAUAGACUCUCAUUUUCUUCCUUCUCUUUACUACUCAGUCUGCCUUUCUUCCUUUUCUGACGUACUCGCAUGCAACAUAAUAUACCGUUCUAGUUUUUUUUUCCCUAACGAUCGCGCUCUAAAGGAGGCAAAUUAUAGUUAUGAAUUGCAUGUAAUAGAAGGCGGCCUGCUCGCUGCUCUGUCCACGAUGUUCUACGCAUUUCACGGCAGUUUCCUUGUUUUUUUUUCUUGGUUCUGUUGCCCACGCUCAAUUACCACGUACGAUUCAUCCGAUCUCAAACUGUAUCCUUUAUCUGUUUCAAUCCUCAUUCUUUUCAACAGCAUUUAUUGCCUCGGAUUUUUAGUGCAUUUUCGAUUGCUUUCGCUGUCAACAAUAGGUGAAAUUUCGUCGAUAUUGUUGCACCCCUUGAACUCUUGCUAUCAGUGUGAACUGUUGGACAACUUCCUCUCAGCU